AUGGCCUGGCAGUCGAAACUCGCCCUGUCCAAGGACCGCACCAUUCGCGGCAUCAUCACCAACCUCACUCGGUUGUACGUCAAGCACCGAACGCGCAUCUCGCGUGCCAUUUGGAUUUCCCUCUUCGUCGCUCUCGCAAACCGCAUUCGCCAUGCAAUCUUGGAGCAAAAGGCCGCCUCUGCGCGCGAGGCCGCUCAGCGGGCCACUCGCCAAGGCACCGUCACUGCCGGCUCGGAGGAAACACCCAGAAAAAAGGUCGCCCUGAAUCGCGAGUUUUUCAGGUCCCUGAUGCGCCUGAGUAAGAUCGUAGUGCCUGGCUGGAAGAGCAAGGAGGCUAGGAUGCUGGCUAGCCACAGCUUCUUCUUGGUUCUGAGGACCUUGAUUAGCGUUCGUGUGGCCGAGAUGGACGGUGCCAUUGUCAAGGCCCUAGUCAAAGGCAAUGGCAAGGAAUUCCUGAAGCGUAUCGUCUGGUGGAUGCUAAUUGCCGUGCCCGCCACAUUUACAAACUCCAUGCUUUCCUACCACCAAGCUGAGCUGUCUCUGCAAUAUCGGACGAGGCUGACACAACACAUCCACGACAAAUACUUGUCCAAAUUAACCUUUUACGGCAUCUCGGCACUUGAUGAUCGUAUAAAGAAUCCAGACCAGCUCAUCGCUGUUGAUGUAUCAAAGUUCUCCAACAGUCUGGCUGAGCUAUAUAGCAACCUUGCCAAGCCAGCGCUCGAUAUGACCAUUUACACAUAUGCAUUAUCUAAAAGCGUGGGAAGCGAAGGCGUCAUUUUCAUGUCCUUGUUAGUUCAGCUCUCAGCAAACCUGAUGCGUGUCUUGACGCCGCCUUUUGGUAAAUACGUCGCCGAUGAAGCCCGCCUGGAGGGAGAAUUCCGAUUCCAGCACUCCCGCUUGAUCGACUACAGCGAAGAAAUCGCUCUCUACGGCGGCCACAUCGCCGAGAAGGAUACCUUGGAUAAAGGCUACUUUACGCUCAUCAAGCAUGUAAACUAUAUCCUUCGGCGACGCUUCUACCACGGCUUCAUGGAGGAUUUCGUUAUCAAAUACUUUUGGGGUGCUCUGGGCCUGCUACUUUGCAGUGUCCCUGUCUUUGUUAAGCUUCCAGGGCAGCUGGUCAUGAACAUGGGAGACAGGACCGAGGCCUUUGUGACAAAUCGCCGCAUGCUUCUCUCCGCAUCUGACGCUUUUGGCAGAAUCAUGUUCUCUUACAGAGAAAUCAUGGAGCUGGCUGGGUAUACUUCCCGAGUUGCCACCUUGCUUAACGUCAUGGAUGACAUCCAGAUGGGCCACUUUGAGAAGAAGCUCGUCUCUUCUUCCGGCACAGAGGACAAUGAGGCAGUCCUCAAAGGCCGCGGUACUGUCCACGAAAGCAAAGACUACAUCAAAUUCGAGGAUGUACCCAUCAUCUCGCCCAACGGCGACGUUCUCGUCAAGGCGCUCUCUUUCUCCCUCUCACACGGCGACCAUCUCCUCGUCGUGGGUCCUAAUGGCUGCGGCAAAUCAUCCCUGUUCCGCAUUCUCGGAGGUCUUUGGCCCGUCUACGGAGGAACCGUCUACAAGCCCCCCUUCACCUCCAUCUUUUACCUCCCCCAACGCCCAUACCUAUCCCGAGGCUCCCUUCGCCAGCAAAUUAUCUACCCCGACUCCCUGCGCCAGAUGCGCUCAAAGGGCGUCAACGACUCCGACCUACUCUCGAUCCUCACCACCCUUGGCCUGGAACAUCUCAUUGAGCUCUAUCCCGAAGGCUGGGACGCCGAAGCCGAGUGGCGCGAUGUCCUUUCCGGCGGCCUCCAGCAGCGUGUUGCCAUGGCGCGCCUGUUUUAUCACCGGCCGCAGUACGCUAUCCUUGACGAGUGCACAAGCAGCGUGACGCUUGAAACCGAAAAGGUCAUGUAUGAAAACGCAAAGUCUCUCAACAUUACGCUUUUGACGGUCAGUCAUCGUCGCAGCUUGUGGAAAUACCACACGCAUAUUUUGCAGUUUGACGGGCAGGGCAACUACGUCUUUACGAAGCUCGAUGCCGAGAGACGUCUGAGGCUGGAGGACGAGAGGGAGGAACUGGAGAUGAAAUUGAGGCAGGUGCCUGAGCUGGAGAGGAGACUGGAGGAGCUGACUACUCUUUGA